AUGGACCUUGUUCUUCUCUGUGUGUUCCUGCCACUGGUGACGGUGGCUUGGGGCCAGUAUGGGGAUUAUAACUAUCAACACUAUGACUACGGGGGUAAUGAUGGGUGGGUCAAUGUGUAUCGUCAGGGCUUCAACUUCCAGUGCCCCCAUGGCCAGGUGAUAGUGGCAGUAAGGAGCACUUUCAGCAAGAAGGAAGGCUCUGACAGACUGUGGAACUAUGCAUGCAUGCCUACGCCCCAGAGUCUUGGGGAACCAACAGAAUGCUGGUGGGAAGAGAUCAACAGAGCUGGAAUGCAAUGGUAUCAGACCUGUUCAAAUAAUGGACUGGUGGCAGGGUUCCAGAGCCAGUAUUUUCCAUCUGUGCUUGAUCGGGAGUGGCAAUUUUACUGCUGCCGCUACAGCCGGAGAUGCCCAUACUCCUGUAGUAUGACAACAGAACAGCCAGGACACUAUGGAGAAGAUAUGGACAUGAUGAUGUACACUUAUGAUCAUUACAUCCGGGGAGCAACUACUACUUUCUCUGCUGUGGACAGGGAUCGUCAGUGGAAGUUCAUCAUCUGCAGGAUGACAGACUUUGACUGUCAAUUUCAAAACCUUUAG